UCGGUAGCAGGAAGGACUGGGGCUGGCUCUCCCUGCUGGGUUUUUGGCAUGGUCAGUGGGUGUGCUGCCUUGGAGAGGGCGUGUCUGUGCCUGUGAACCGGUCUGAGCUGAGCGUCCUGCAGGCCAGCGGCCCAAGUGCUGCAUCGGGGCCGCGGUGGGCCAGCGCUGCCUGAAGGAAGGAAGGAAGGAAGGAAGGGACAGCUUUCUGGCUCACAGACACACGUGCCCAGGCCUCCAGGAAGGAAGAGAAACGGUAUUUGGACACCAGGAUGGGGCGGCCCACUGACCACUAGGUGGCACAGUGGAUAGAGUGCUGGGCCUGGAGUCAGGAAGACUCUACUUGGUUCUGACUUUUUUGGAUCCUGGACAUCAGGAAUUGUCCUCAUUAUCCUCGAAUGAAGCAUCCUUAACAUAAAAAAACUUGCAGAAGAAAUGAAGCAUUCUAGCAUCUGGAAUUUGAACCCUCUCUCUAUGUCCAAUGCAUCCACUAGAACAUCCAGGUGUUCUGCAGCUGCCUGAACUCAUCUCAUAGGGAGCGGCACCCCAAGCAGAUGUGAGGCUGCCUUGAAGCUCAAAUAACAUUAGUUAUUUUCAUGACUGCAAAGCUGAGUCAUUUUCCAAGUGACCGUGAUACAGAAACUGUAGAAGAAUUUGGGGCAACAACCCUUGGAACUUCUUUAAAAAAAGGAAAAGAAAGAAAAGGAAAAAGAAAGCUAGUUUUUUUCAGUGGACUCCAGAUGUAAACAUCAAAAGUCAGUGUAAUAUAUAGAUCUAGCUGUCUGGUGAGUGAUAAGGUUCACCAAUAGGGAGAGAAGCCAUCUUGUGGGCUACAAGUUUCCUUACGUGCCCACCUCCCAGAAUCAUAGUCUGUUAACCUUAUUCUUGGUGUUGCCACCACCCGAAGGGAGAACAUUUUUUUCUGUGUUGUUCCUGUCUCCUGAGGGACAAGUAGAAGAGAACUAAAGGAAAAAUUUGGAGUGGUACCACCUAUUUCACUGACCCAGAUUAUAGGAAUCCAGCCCCUUAAAACAAUGGGGGGACUUUUCCUGAAAGUUUUGCUGCUGGGUACAAGUUUAACAGGAUUGUUUUACUCUAUUGUGGAUUUUCUUUUCUAUGGGAAGACAGGACUCAAGAGGCCUAAUUUUAUAAUCAUUUUGGCUGAUGAUAUGGGAUGGGGUGACUUGGGGGCAAACUGGGCAGAAAUAAAGGACACUCCACAACUGGAUAAGAUGGCCGCAGAAGGAAUGAGGUUUGUGGAUUUUCAUGCUGCGGCCUCUACCUGCUCCCCGUCCCGGGCCAGCCUGCUUACUGGAAGGCUUGGGCUGAGAAAUGGAGUUACACACAACUUUGCAAUCAGCUCAGUGGGGGGCCUUCCACUCAAUGAAACCACCUUAGCCCAGGUGCUCCAAGAGUCUGGUUACAUCACAGGAAUGAUAGGCAAAUGGCAUCUUGGUCACCAUGGCCUUUACCAACCCAAUUUCCGUGGCUUCAGUUACUACUUUGGAAUUCCUUACAGCCAUGACAUGGGCUGCAGCGACACCCCUGGCUACAAUCACCCACCCUGCCCGGCCUGCCCACCUGCAGAGACUCUAUCUCAAAGCAGCCCUGGGGAAAACUGUUAUCCUGACGUGGGUCUUCCUCUGUAUGAGAAUCUCAUCAUUGUGGAGCAGCCGGUGAAUCUCAUGAGUCUUGCAGAAAAGUUUGCAGAGAAAGCUACACAAUUCAUCCAGCAGGCAAGUGAGAGUGGUCAGCCUUUCUUUCUGUACCUUGCCCUAACUCACAUGCAUGUUCCCUUGACUGUGACUCAUCGGUCAGCAGACUUACCAGGUCAAAGGCUCUACAGGCAAAGCUUACGGGAGAUGGACAGCUUGGUUGGCAGGAUAAAGGACAAAGUUGACAGCACAGUGAAGGAAAACACAUUCCUCUGGUUCACAGGGGACAAUGGCCCAUGGUCACAGAAGUGCGAGCUGGCAGGAAAUGUGGGACCCUUCUCUGGACUAUGGCAAACUAAUAGAGGGGGAAGCUCAGCCAAGCAGACCACAUGGGAAGGAGGGCACCGUGUACCAGCUAUAGCUUAUUGGCCCAACAGAGUGCCGGCCAAUGUUACCAGCACUGCUUUGUUAAGUGUGCUUGACAUCUUUCCAACUAUAGCAUCUUUGGCCAAGGUGAGCCUGCCCCCCAGGCGACAUUUUGAUGGUCUGGACAUAUCAGAAGUUCUUUUUGGACGCUCCCAAACUGGGCAUAGGGUGCUGUUUCAUCCUAACAGUGGGGCAGCUGGAAGUUAUGGUGCCCUAGAGACAGUUCGUCUAGGGCAAUACAAGGCCUUUUAUAUCACUGGUGGUGCAAAAGCUUGUGAUGGGAGUGUUGGACCUGAACUGCAUCACAAACUUCCUCUUAUUUUCAACCUACAAGAGGACCCUAAAGAAUGUGAACCCUUAGACAGCAGUAGUGCUAUCUACCAGGAUAUAUUGCCUAAAGUCACAAAGGUUCUUUUUGAUGGUCUUCAGGAUAUCUCAGGUGAUAACACUUCAGUAGCAGACUAUUCUCAUGAUCCUUCAGUGAUCCCCUGUUGCAGUGUACUGCAGAUAGCUUGCCAAUGCCAAUUCCCAUAAUUAGCCUCAAUGUUUCAGCCAGGGGAAGACAGAGAAAAAGAAAGAAAUCAUAUAGGCUUCCAGAUUUCAGUCUUCUGGGAUUUUCAAUUUUCUAACCACUAUGGUUUUCAAAACAAAAUCUGGGGUCUUGUUUCAAAACCACCAUUUAGCAUAUACUAUCAUUUAUUUUUCAUGCCAGAUUUAGAAUAAACCAAUUCAGGAAAACAGCUGUUUUAGGCAAAGAGCUGAUUUUGUAGAGAUUAGAAUAGUUGUCUCCAAUUCCAAUAGCUAAUUCAUACUAGGUUUAUCCCAAUUGAUAUGUCGUUAGGAUAAAAAAAAAAACCAACAGAUUAAUUGCUAGAGUAUGAGGCCAGAAGUAUUCAUUCAGGUCCUUCAAUGGUCAAGAUUCUCUGUGGUUUUUAUUUUUUAAAAUAUAUUUUUAUUAAUUUCAUUAAUUAUUUCUCAAUUACAUUAAAACAUUUUAAACUUUUUUUUUUUGUGAGGCAAUUGGGGUUAAGUGACUUGCUCAGGGUCAC